ACAGUAAAAGCUUUCAAGUUUAUCGUAGUUAAGUUUUUGCAUAAAGACGUUGACACCUAUAUAUAAUAAUGAAGUUAAUUCAGUACACGAAUCAAGUAACAGGGCAUGAUUGCUUGCUGACAACAGAGGAUUAUGCUUCUAUUUGUAAAGUGAAACAUGGACGGGAACUAGAAUUCUAUCGAGACGUCGAUGAGUCUCUCAGGCCACACUUACCCUUAUUUCAAGGCGUUGUUGAUGUCACUGUAUCUGUUGAUGAAGACGGAAAAUAUGAUUUUAAUGGUCAUUUUGAGAAUGGUCGAAAAAAUGGAUUUAUUACUGCGUCCUCGGAUAUUUCGAAAAGAGCGUUUCAGAAUGAUUAUAAAUACAGGAAUUUAGAACCCAGCCAACUAGAAGAAGAUCCGAAUUUCAAGCGAAAUUUUUUCACAAACGACUUCAGUAAAGGUCUUCCCGCCCCACCAUGUGAUGUUGGUCGAAAUCCUUGGGCAGAAAGGGUCCAGAGGAUGGGACGUCACACAAAACACAAAGGAAAAACAAUUACCUAUAUUAUACUGGAAAAUCUGACUAAAAAAUUUGAAAAACCUUGUAUACUGGAUAUGAAAACAGGCACACAGCUGUAUGCAAAAUCAGAAUGUACUCAGGAAAAAUUUAGUCAUCGUGAAAGAAAAAACCGUACUACUACCACAGCUGCAAUUGGUUUACGACUAUCUGGAUUUCAGGUAUAUCAAGAUGGUGGAUUCGUUUGUCGAGAUAAAUUUUAUGGUCGUGGUCUUACUCCCAAAGGACUUGAGGACAGCGUUAGACUGUUUUUUACCGGGAAAAACAAUGCCUUAAGGAGAAAGAUGAUUAACAAUGUUAUUGAAAAGGUUCAAAUAAAUAUUUCUGUACUUUCGAAUCUACACGGAUAUCGUUUUUUUGGUUCUUCAAUAGUUGUGGUUUAUGAAGGACAUGAUGCCGACGUAAUACAUGUAAACGAUAAAUCCCCAAGGACUGACGUCAGACUGGUGGACUUCGCACAUUGUCGAACUGAAGCGUUUGACGACGACGAAGCAAAAACUGUAGGGCCCGAUAAAGGAUUCAUAUAUGGUUUGUCGUCGUUUAUACAAAUUUUGAAAAACAUCCAAAUUCAACAAUCAGAGUCGGGAACACAAAUUAACAAUAGUGACUGUUGUUCCAAAAAUUGGUCAACCGAUUAAAUUUUCUCAACUCGGUACACAAUAAUUUCACAUAUACUACUAUUAUACCACACACUUUUAUAUACCGUAUAAGUGUAUAUAUACAAUUUAGCAGAUGAGAAUAUUGCCAACAACGUCAUUGUACAAUCUUGUGACACUUCUAAACCUCACUCAAUAGAACUGAACUAAAAUUUAUUACCUCAAAAGAUUUGCGUAAAUCAUAGAAAACUAAAUCUAGCUAACAAAUGCAAGUUAGAAAAUUUCUAGUUGCGUCACUUCAAGUAUAGUUAUCAAUUGUAUCUAUGUUUCUCUGCAAAAUGACGCAUUUUGUUAGACGGUGUAAUGAGUGUUAUUGAUAUCGUUAAUAACGACGCUUGUUGGGUACGGACGUGUACAUAUAGAUCAUUUUGCUAAAUUGUUGUUGUGGUUUUUCUUGUUUGCGUGAUUGUUGCUGCAAGAAAAAAACGUUUUUUUCACUGCGCAAUUAAUAGAAUUAUCGAAUUUAAAUUUCAGUACCUGAAGGGUUAAUGCCGCUAGAAGACUAUUACUUUGAUUUUUCUGAAUAUCUUAAGGUGCUUGAUAUUUCAUACAAAACUUUGCUGCUCUUAUUAUUUUAUUUAGAGCUUUUUAUCCUGUCAAGCUUUCUCGUCGAUCCUUUUAACAAACUCGGCGCUCUAACGCUUUUCCUCACCAGUACCAAGCGCGACCAUCGUGUACAUAUAUUUGACCAUUGCUCUCUUGUUCAAGGAAUAAUAGAGAAGAUCAUUAAAAAAUAGACUAUUAGGAAUUUAUUCUAUUCUGGGGGAAACUGAUCUCGAUACUGUGUUGGAGAACUCAUAACGAAACCGUAUAUGUCAUUUUAUAAUAUAUGAAUCAUUUUGAUUUUGUCUGUGGAUUUGCAUUUGACGUUGUAAAAAAUAUAAUAUCACAAUCUAGAGCAGUGGUUCUUUAACUUUAUAAGCCGCGCCCU